AUGACCAAAACUGGCUCCCUUUGUACAGUUACCCCGUCCGGUUCCAAGGAUGAUAGUCCUUACAUGAUGGACGCCUUCAAGCAAUGCGGACAAAACGGUCAGAUCGAAGUCACAAAAGGUGACUAUACCAUCGCCAAAGUAAUGGACGUCUUGAACCUGAAGAACUGCGACAUCUCUAUUCGCGGCAAACUGACCUGGAGCGAUGAUAUUCAAUAUUGGGUCAAGAAUAGUGUAGGCGUGACGUAUGCUCAGCGAAGUACAGCGUUCCGCCUAGGGGGCGAGAACUUCACUCUACAGGGACACGGCGAAGCGCUUUUCUUUGGCAACGGGCAGAAGUGGUAUGACGCAAAUCGUGAUGGAAGCAAUAUGGCUGGUCGGCCGAUCAGCUUGACACUCUGGCAAGCGAAGAAUGUAUGGAUUGAUGGAAUCACUUGGAGACAGUCACAAUUCUGGCACACGUUUGUCGCCUACUCGCAGAACGUCACCAUGACAAACCUCGACAUGAACGCCACUUCGUCUUCACAAUGGGGCACUGUCAACACCGAUGGCUUCGAUAGCUGGAACUCACAAGACAUAGUGCUCAAAAAUUGGGUUGUGACAUGCGGCGAUGAUUGCAUAUCGGUCAAAGGUAACAGCAAGAACAUUUACGUCAAAAACGCAACCUGUUACGAGUCCGGUGCCAUGGUCAUCGGAUCAAUGGGAAACCCUACUAACGUUCCUGAGACGGUUGACAAUGUACUUUUCGAAGACAUUACUGCAAUUCAUAGUUCCAACGCAGCUUGGAUCAAGACGUAUCCCGGUCAAGGCCAUGUCAAAAACGUCACCUUCCGUAAUAUCAAGUUUCAAGACGUUAAUCAACCCAUCUACGUCUCGCCUUGUAUUUACAGUUACCAAAACUGCGACUCGAGUCGGUUAAAGAUUAGCGACAUUACGUGGGAGAACAUCACAGGCACUUCAAGAUACAACGUGGCUGCAGCGAUUUAUUGCAGUCGCGGAGUACCUUGCACGGGUCUGAAGUUUAAGAACAUUGAUAUCAAGCCUAAGAAUGGAGGCACUGCGAAGAUACUGUGUUCAAACAUGAACAGCGACAGUGGAUUGGCAUGUACUGGUACGUGUCCAGCGGGAUGGAAGCAGCAGUUGAGCGGAAACGCGUAA